UCCAAAAUAUUUUUAUAUAUCUAUAAGGAGAUUCAUUCCGUAAAUUCUGUGACCCUAGAGAACUGGAACUAACACAAAUUGGGUCAGGGCUAGAACCAUGGCGCUGACUAUGGAGCUCUUGUGCAUGGAUCUGUAUGAGCUGCUUGGCAUUGAGGAGGAGGCAGGAGAUAAAGAGGUGAAGAAAGCCUACAGGCACAAAGCACUGUCCUGCCACCAAGACAAAAAUCCAGGCAACCCCAGAGCUGCUGAACUCUUCUCCCAGCUUUCCCAGGCCUUGGAGAUACUGACAGAUGCUGCAGCCAGGGCUGCAUACGGCAAGGAAAGAAAAGCCAAGAAGCAGGCCACAGAGAGGACCCAGAGACUGGAUGAGAAGAGGAAGAAAGUGAGGCUUGAUCUGGAGGCCUGGGAGCAGCAGGCCCGGGCCCAGGGGAGUGAGAAAGAGGAGAGCCAGCGCAGAAAAACACUAGAGGAGGAGAUUGCUCCCCUCCGAGAAGAGAGUUCCCUUCUGCUUGAGCAGCAGCAGAGGGUGGUCCAGGAGCAGAUCCGCCAGGACCUAGAGCACAGGCUGAGAGGAAGAGGAGAAAGGAGUGAAGGCAGAGGAACCCCCAAUCUAAAGCUAAAGUGGACGUGCAGGAAGGAGGAUGAGUCCCAAGGUGGCUACUCCAGACACAUCCUCCUGAGGCUUUUGCAGAAGUAUGGGGAGGUUCUCAACCUGGUGCUUUCCAGAAAGAAGGCAGGCCAUGCCAUAGUGGAGUUUGCCACUGUCAGGGCCGCGGAGCUGGCUGUCAGAAAUGAAGUGGGCCUGAUGGACAACCCUCUGAGGAUUUCCUGGUUGGAGGGACAGCCCCAAGGCACAGUGGAGCCCAGGCACCCAGACUUAUCAAAGCGCUCAGUGCUGUCAGAAAGGAACUAUGAGAGUCUCAUUAUGAUGCGCAUGCACCAGGCAGCUAAGCACCAGCAGCUGAAUGCCCAGACUCAGCAGGAAGAUGGGGGGCAGCCCACUUAG